AUGAAACAGGCCCGGUAUCCCGCCAUAUUGGUUCUGGUUCUCGCGUUCUGCUUCGCAUGCGUCCCUGGCCAGUUCGUCGAAGACGUGUUCGGCGCGGAGGACAUAAACUCACCUGAUGAGGGAGCACAUAUUCGGGUGCCACGGAGGGAUGAGUCCGACGUCCAGGUGUGGUCUUACGAGGGCAAAACCGGACCGGAGUACUGGGCCAGCCUCAUUCCAGCAGCCUACCUGUGCCGAUCCGGUAUGCCCUCCAUAAUCUCCCUACCGGGAUACAUGGGCGAGCUCCAGUUCAACUACAGCUCCAACUCUCGGGGGGAGUUGUGGAACAACGGACAUAGCAUCCAAUACCGGGUAGACAACUCCACGGGCCACAGCACCAUGUGGGGUGGGCCAAUGAAGUUGGAGAAGUACUUCCUCUUGCAAGUUCAUCAGCACGCGCCCUCUGAGCACACGAUCGACGGGAAGCGCUAUCCGAUGGAAAUGCAUUUCGUGCACCUCUCCAACGACACCACACCUCACUUGGCAGCCCUUUCCGUGCUCAUCGAGGAGGGAGCCGCGUCCCCCUACCUCGACCAAUACUUCCACCUGUUCGAUUAUACCGUAUCCAAGUAUGGCGAAAGGCACAAGCUUAAUGCCAUCGACCUGCAGCUCGCCUUUCCAGCCAACACUUCCUAUUGGACGUAUAAGGGCUCCAGAACUUCUCCUGACUGUGAGGAAGGGUUCACCUGGCUGGUAUUCAAUCACCCCAUGACCGCGUCUAGGCAGCAGAUUGAACACUUCACUAACAUCUACAACAAAACCAAUCGGUGCCUCCCCAUCCCUUGUAUUGUAGUUCAGUGA